CUGGCAGGUACUGUGUAUUUUAGAGGACCUUGGAUCGGCAUGCACUCUGUGUUUUCAUUCAUACAUCUGGUAAUCAAAUUGGCAGGUGAGACAAACAAAACCUCGACAGUUGCAAGUGGCUAUAAUAAAUCGGCCAUAUGCAAGAAAUACCAGAAACACAACUGUCUAAACCUGAAAGAAACCCUGGGAACAGCCAGUGCAUCGCAGGACAAAUGAUGAGUUCAACUGCAAAUAGAGAAAUGAAAGCAGAGCCGGAGUUCGGGAGCCUGUCCCUCGCAGAGGAGCUGCUCCACUUGAGAGCGCGGGUUCAGGAGCUGGAGAGGGGGAAGGCUCAGAUGGAUGCUGAAAAUAGGCGGCUCAAAGAUCUACUAGUCAAUGAGAUCCCAUCGCUUCUUGCUGCCAUGAAGCAGAGCAUAUGCGGGAGCACCGCAGGAAGGGAGAUGAGCUCUGAGCUCGUGACGUCGCUUUCCCCUGGUGAUGCAUUUCCGCACUCGGUUCCAUCCGGCCGGUGCCACGUGGAUGGUGUUGGCCUCCUCCAGGAUAUCCCUUCCGGCACCGACUAUUCGGAUGGCGCAAGGUUCAUGCAGGCCGUGUCACGUGGCUCGGGAGGACUGGAUGGCAACGGUUUUGUCAUCGCCGAGGAGGACAGCGGCACGCUGUGUCCCGUCGUCAUCGGUGACGAGGACUGUCCCACGUGCCCCGGCUCGGCCUGCAGCUCGCCAGACUUUGUCCCGGUCAGGGAGAUGGAGCACCUGCAUGUGACGGGGCACGGUGGCAGCCACCUGCGCCAGGUGGAGGUGUAUCCGGGCUCCGGCGUGUUCUGUGACGCACGGGCCUGGCACUCGGCCAUCAAGGCCCACUCGCCCACGGCGAUGGCACGGAUGCUGCUGCUGGGCGUGUUCGACAUGGACACGCUGUUACAGAGCAACUUAAGGGGAGGACGAAGUCGGAGGCCCACCUUCCCCAACCACCGUACCGGUCUGGAUCCCCACAAGCUGGACGCCAUAUACAAUGCUACCUUGGCGAGGUUCCCGUUGGCCAGGAAGGGCCAGAUAGGCACCGGGAUCAACUCCAAGCUGUCAGAGAUCCGAUUCCGGUCGAGGAGAGCCAACCAGGAGAGGAGAUACUUGUGAGGGAACUAGCUCUGGUAGAGUGUGAGUAAACUCUGCUUUGUGGUUUACGGUGUCCCACAAAAAUGGAGCAUAUGGCUUCGUUGGCUGGCUUCUGCCCAUGGACAGGCUCUGAGGCGGGCUUUUGGGCAGGAUGUAGGAACAGAAAUCAGUGGCUGAGCUACAGGAGGAAUGGUCGCUAUCUUGGCCUGGCUGUCCGCAUUCAUGGACCUCAUUCAGCACCGGUCACUAGUUAUUCCGGGUGACUUCUUGACACACCACCUCCACUUGACGGCAUGGAAUAGGAAGAGUUCGGUCUCUUAUGAAGAGCAAGUGGGCCGUCUCCCUCACCUCCGUUCAGUUUUCUGGGGGUAUGUGAAACUUGACUGGUGCUUAUCCCUGAUGUUGCCCACAGGAGACUUGUUCAAUGGCUCCGUCGCUAGCCCCGAUCGUCCUCUACCCGCAAUCCCUGGCAGGCAUCAAUCUCGGCUCGGUGGUGUCAUCGCCGCCCCACAUCGUGGCUCUCCGGGCACUAAAUGUCUCAAGGAGGAGGAAGGGGAAAUUAAUUCAUCUUCAUUGUCUUUAAACGGUCUGCAAUUUAUCUUUUUUCGUGAACGUGAAUAGGGAGACCCCCUAUGAGCAAUGGAAGGGAGGCUAGUUGGGGGGUUGGUUUUCCCUCAUGUUAUUUCAGCUGCGGACACAAAGACCUGCGUCAAACAUUGUUCCUGACAGUCUUUGACAGCGGGGAAAUAGGGCUUCUGUCUGCAUGUGAAAAUGGAAGCCCUGCUCUUCGUGCUGCCAAGCAGAUUUCUCUUCUGCCCAGACCAUGAAACACGUAAUUGGGCGAAUCAUUUGGAAUGAUGAAUGCAGGUGAACGUGUGCCUUGCUGACAUUCUAAGUUCUAAGCUCAUAAAAUUGUAAGUGCUAGUUACUUUUUACAGUGACCUACAAAAUCAACAGAUUGCAGAGCCCCGGAAAUAAGUUUAAUAAAAAAAAAAAAAUUGACACUCACGGUUGCUGAGCUGAAUUUUCUGAUGUCUGACUUUAUAUGGCAUAUUCUGUAACCUUUAGGUCAUCAGCGGUGAAAUCGGGCAAGUUGCUCAGUAUUAACUGUGUAUUAUUUCUCACUCUGUAACGGCCAAUUGAAUUUUAAGUUAUUAUAUAGUACCGAAAGGCAUUGAGGUGUUAUCUUGUAAGAAGUGAUCCAAGAAUUCAUAGAAAUGCUGAAGCCUGUAACUGCAAAACUGCCUGUAAAAUUGGAUGUAUAAAAAUUCAAGAUGACUUGCAGUUUGAGAAGUUAGCCACUUGACUGAAUUGUACGAAAGACGUGUUAUUGGAGACCGGUCAAUUCCAAAUGCAUGAAGAGAUUUGCCUUAUUCGGUUGCUUCUCAUAACGCAUUUUGCAAAAAAGCCAACUUUAUGUUUUUCAUAAUUAGUCGUCUGUUUAUGUUGACACAAGCAUUUAUGGCAGGAAGGUUAUUAGAAAUGUGA